UUAUAACUAUUUGUUAAUGAAAUUCAAGAGGAUCUGGAAAAGAGGGAGCUCUUGGUUGUUUACGGCGUUCUUUAUCAUAAAUGGGAAAUUGUUGUACUACCACCAUCGGUGCUCCGGUCAAGAUUUAUAACAAAAAGAGGAGAAACAAGAACAAAGCCAAUGCAAUUGUAGGAGAUGAUUAUGGUGCCACCAAUGGAUCUGCCACAACCUUCAAGCUAAAGGUCUUAAAGGAACCCACUAGCCAUAAUAUUUCAGAUCUAUAUGAUCUAGGCCGUGAGCUAGGCCGUGGCGAAUUCGGUGUAACAUAUUUGUGUUCGAAUCCGGAUUCCGGUGAAAAUUUUGCUUGUAAAUCCAUAUCGAAGAAGAAACUUAGGACUGCAGUGGACAUCGAGGAUGUGAGGAGGGAAGUGCAGAUAAUGAAGCAUCUGACCAACCAUCCUAAUAUUGUUACAUUGAAGGAUACUUUUGAGGAUGAUGAUGCUGUACACAUUGUAAUGGAAUUGUGUGAGGGAGGAGAGUUGUUUGAUAGGAUUGCUGCAAGGGGACACUACUCUGAACGAGCAGCUGCUGGGGUCAUGAAGACCAUCGUACAAGUUAUUCAGAUGUGUCAUAAACAUGGAGUCAUGCAUCGAGAUCUCAAACCAGAAAAUUUUCUGUUUGCAAAAAAAGAAGAAACUUGUUCCUUAAAGGCAAUUGAUUUCGGGUUGUCAGUCUUCUUUAAACCUGGUGAACGGUUCAAUGAGAUUGUGGGAAGUCCAUAUUAUAUGGCUCCUGAAGUUCGUAAACGUAAUUAUGGCCCCGAAGUUGAUGUUUGGAGUGCCGGAGUUAUCCUUUACAUUUUACUUUGCGGUGUUCCACCAUUCUGUGCAGAGACUGAGAAGGAAGUGGCACAGGCAAUUAUUCGCUCUAGUAUUGACUUUAACAGGGAUCCAUGGCCUAAUAUUUCCGACGAUGCAAAGGAUCUUGUAAAGAACAUGCUUAAUCCUGAUCCAAAGAAACGACUUACUGCUCAAGAAGUGCUUGAACAUCCUUGGUUACAAAAUGCCGAGAAAGCUUCGGAUGUACCAUUAGGUGAGACCGUGAAAGCUAGGCUACAACAAUUUUCAGUAAUGAACAAACUAAAGAAAAGAGCUCUAAGGGUGAUUGCUGAGCAUUUGUCUGUGGAGGAAGUAGCUGGUAUAAAAGAGGCCUUCGAAAUGAUGGACACUGAACUACGAGGCAAAAUAACCCUUGAGGAGCUUAGGACAGGAUUGCAAAAGCUUGGCCAACAAAUCCCUGAUGCAGAUUUGCAGAUCCUUGUGAAAUCUGCUGAUGUUGAUGGCGAUGGAACUCUGAGUUACGGAGAGUUUGUAGCAGUUUCAGUUCACCUCAGGAAAAUGGCCAACGAGGAACACUUGCAUAAUGCUUUUGCAUUCCUGGAUCUGAAUAAAAGUGGUUAUUUAGAGAUAGAUGAUCUGCGAGAUGCAUUAAACGAUGAAGUUGACUCCUGUAGCGAAGAAGUUAUUAGUGCCAUUAUGAACGAUGUCGACACUGACAAGGAUGGUUGCAUAAGUUAUGAUGAGUUCGCUACAAUGAUGAAAGCCGACAUCGAUGGGAGAAAAGCAUCAAGACAAUAUUCACGAGAAAGAUUCAGCAGUCCAACCUUGAACUUGAUGAAGGAGGGCUCGCUGCAACUAGUAGCCUAUUGAACAAAAGUGGGAACACCAAGAGUAAAUAAAGGAAUGUUGUAAACAAACCCAAAAAAAAAAAG